AUGGCGGUUGAGAUACGAAAGCUUUCUACCGUUCUUUUUUUCGUAGCCUGUGCCAUCUUUGUGCCCCAGGAGAGCGGUGGAAUUUUGUUAGAUCCAACCUUAAUUGGCAGAGAGUUGCAGUCGUUUGCUAAUGAUGCUCUUGGAGUGGAUGACCUUCAAGUAAGACUGCUACAUGUUUGCCAAUUUCAGCUUUUACUGAUCUUUAACUAACAACUGAAAUAUUCAAUGAUCAGUCUUCUGUCAGGUGUAUUACCAUGACGUUAAGCUCAGUUCGAUAAGUUGACAAAGUUAAUUACUUGUGCAAAUCUGAAACUGGCUUUCUAUACGUGGGAAGUUCAUUGAAAAUUAAUUUUGCGACAUUCCAGCAGGGAAGCUCGAGAUUGAUUCCGCUUUGUGGUUUAAGAGUUGAGCGUACAAAACAAUUCGACACGGCACACCACCUUUAUAGAGACUUAAACAUCAGACUAUACGUCGCUUUGAAAGUGAAUUCGGGUUCUUCAAUCUCCUUCGCGAAUAUUUCAACUCACUUAUUAAUAAUACGUUUGUCAAAUGCAGGCGAACUCUCCUGGAUCCUGGAGUUGAAUUCCUUAGAGCCAUAUCCAAGUUCAGAAAGAGAAAGAAAAUUUCUUCGUAAGCUUUUUUACGUCCUCUAUUAAAAGUGAAAACAGUCAUUUUUACGUCGUAGCCUUGAAGUCACGGCAAAGGAACGUAAAGGAAAAGUGUGCUGUAAAGCUGAGUUUUUGUUUUACCUAUUGCUUUCUUGAAGUCCUUGUUGUCGUCGUCAUUGACUGCGACAGCAUUGAAAAACGAUGUCAGCGAAUGUAUAUAUUAUGUAUUUAUAUGAAAUCUCAUAUACACAACGGUAGACCUUAAAACGUAUUGGGCUUUCAUCUAGCUGGACCAAUAUCUGUUGGCGAAAGUCCUGAUAAACAAAUUUAGGUGAUCUUUAAUCUUUUAAAUGCCUGACUAAAACCAUCAGUGUGUCGGAUCUUUUAAUGGUUUGCCUUCUGGAACUGCUAUAUAAAGUUUAAUAUGUUUCCUUUUUUUAAUAUAUUGAAGGAUAUAAGUGAGUGAUCAUUACACAGCCAGAAACUGGAAUAUGGAUUAAAUCAGAGCAAAAGUAUUGGAAUUACAGCGUUCACGGUUCGCUUCGAGGCAAAACGUACUUGGUGAUAAUGGAAUUUUCAGUUUAAUUCACAGUAAAUUUAGAGCUAAACCGUGAAUGAGCAAAAAUAACUUGAAAGGAUUGUGUAUACUAAAUUUCCUGUUUUUUUGGCCGGCUCAAAAGGACACUGGGCCUCAUCAUCCGUCUGAGACCAUAUAUGGUCGUUUUAACUACGAUAUGAUCCGCCAUAACAUCAAGAAUAAACCAGAAGACAAACAGCUUGCUCAUUUUGUCUAGAGUAUGCUAAAAACUUAGAGCUGAUUUUGCUCGCGAAGGACAAAAUUGCGACCUAAGAAAAGACGUUUUUAACUGAUAAGUGAAAUGCAAUAAUUUAGAAGGUUCGUCCGUAAAUGUAUUCUGUAGUUUUAGGGCCUCCAAUCAUCGUAGUCUGAGUUGAAAUCCCGAAGGCGCUUCCGAGUUGUGUUAUCAGCUUUCCUCUCCUAAAAGGCCGACAUUUCCAACUCAUCUAGGAUACAGAUAUAUGAUUAUAACCUCCAUGAGCGACGACCUCUCGUAAGCGACCACCUCCAAUAAGCAAUUACCUCUGCAAAACCGUCAAAGCCUUAUAGUUGGAACUUCUCGUAAAGGAUCACCUUGUGCAAGCGACCGCAAACAUUUUUCGGAGCUAACGGUUUAACAAUUUUCCUUUAUUUUUGUCCUGCCAUAAGCGUGAUCUGAACCCUAUGUUCACGGUUCUAUGUGCUAUAUGUUGCAACAAAUUUUCUAGGCCAACUUCGAGUGAAAUUUCCUAUUAUUGGGAUUUCUGAGACUUGGCUUGAUGAUUGUUAUCAUUUUUCCGAUAUAGCGGGUUAUAAUUUUUUGCAUAAACCUAGAGUUAAUAGCAUUGGUGGAGUUGUUGGCCUUUACAUUGGUGAACAUUUAAAUUACAAAGAACGCCAUGAUCUAGCAUUCCCCGAGGGCAAAUCUGCUGAAUCCUUGUUUGUUGAAAUUAAUAAGACGAAAGAAAAGAAUAUAAUUGUCGGCAUUAUCUAUCGACCACUUGAGUCGAAGUUAAAUGAAUUUGUGUCUGACUUGGAUCUAGUACUGGGAAAAAUUUCCAAGGAAAAUAAGCUUGUAUUUUUAAUGGGUGACUGGAAUUUAAAUUUAAUUAAUCAUGAUUGUCAUAAAGCGACAAGUGAUUUCUUAGAUUUGUUGUACUCUAGCUAGGAUGUAUUUUCCACUAAUAGCUGUGGUCACACUUGGGAUUUGACGUUGGUAAAAGGCUUUAACCGUGGUAAAAAGGAUGUAAAAAAACUUUACUAUAGUAAAACUCAUUAGUGGACUUAACACGUUCCAGAUGGUUUCCCAACAGAAAUGUGUCACUCAAAUGAUGAGCCUGAGGACAGGUGAUAAUUCUUACGACAUUCCAUGAAUGUUUUAUUUUUUUAUCCAGUUCAGCCUAACUGUCUAUACAUCAUACAUUCACUGAAAAUUGUGCCGCUGCUUAUACUGUUUCUAUCCCAUUAUUUUCUCGGCCAAAUAUAAGCGAAUAUGUUUAAUAAUGUUGACAGGCCAUACACGACUCCCUUUGGCCAAGUUGUUGUAUAUCUUUGACCUUUAAGCCUCAUAGUUUGAGUUGUUCAUAAUGUUGACAGGCUAUUCACGUUUAUCUUUGGCUCAGUUGCUGUUGCUUUGACCUUACCUUCAUAGUUUAGUUCUUACGAGUAUAUCUUGUAGUGUCUUUCCUCUUUUGUAGGAUAUUAUGGGAGGGUCUUUAAAGAUUUCUCUAAGCAACGGUUGGUUUUCUAUAAGAUAUCAUUUGUGCAUGAUGAUUUUUUUCAGACUCGGUACUGAGGGGCGAUAUUCUGUCACGAAUGGUAGUAUUUUCUUGUGCGUUUUUGUUUUGUUUUGCAAAGCCGACAUUCUUUCGUGAUGCUUGACUUCUGAUAGGUGCUUAUCUAUCACUUUAUCUCUAUAACCCCUCAUACGGAGUCGUUGCUUGAAAUUAGUUACGUUCUCUUCGAACGUUUUCUCAGAAGAGUUUGUUCUGAGUAAUCUUAAGGCCUCGCCUUUUAUGAAUCCUUUCUUAACCCCUUGGGGGUGACAUGAAGAGAAGUACGUGUAUUGGAAAGUUUCUGUCGGUUUGAAGUGUGUACGCACAUCUAGGAUUGAUUCCUUCUUAAAUCUUUCUCCUUUGUAAAUACAUGUAUCCAGAAAGGCGGUUUCUGUUUCUCAAACUUCAGCAGUAAAUUUUAUGGUCGGGUGGUGGUUAUUUGCUAGUUCGAUGAAUGAGUAUAUUUCUUCUUUGUCUACAUUCCACAAUGAGAAUAUGUCAUCGAUAAAUCUCUUCCACACCAGGGGCGUAGCGUCCAUAUACACACGUACGCUCGUGCGUACAGCUGAGAUCUGAGAAAAAAUUUUUCUCAUUAAAUUUGCUGGCUAAUAAUUUCAUAUUUUCACAUUAUACUGGCUUUUUUAGUAGAAUUCCCAUUAUCUAAGCAUCAAUCAUUCAGUGCUGGCCACUAAUAAUGGCAAAAUGCAUUUGAGUGGUAAGCACAAAAAUAGGAAAAACGCCUCAUGUACCCCUCCCUCAAGGUCAGCCAGCCUCACCAGUUUUUCCAGCCCCGCAGGUAUUCUUGAAGGAGAGGUUACUAUGCCAUGACGUGUGGCUUCAGAACAAAACGUAUUUGCCGUCAACGGAUAUUAGGAAUAUACUUGUGAGGUCAAACAGUGAAGCCCCAGUGAUUGAUGUUCCGAAGAAACUGUUAGAGAAUCCUAUGAAUAUUUCUGCGACUUGAGGAGCGUGAUCACUGGCUUCUGUAGUGUUUUCGUGUGUUUCGUGAGACAAAGUACACACAUAUGGCUCGAAAAUCGAUACACGAUUACUUCAACGCAAUUAACAAGACAACUAAUCUACAUGCACUGCCGAAUGAGCUUCAGUAGCAUGAAGAGACUAAAAUCUCCUCUGCGAAGUACGAUGACGGACGAAAGAUUAAGCUCCCUAGCAAUCCCUCAUAUACAUAAACAUAAGAACGUGGAUUGACAGGUUGGUUAAGGAGUUUGCCCGUCUUAAGGGUCGACGCCUCGCCCUUUGCUUGUGACCUGUCGUCAUUGUUUUUGUACAACUUUCUACUGCAUUUUUGCCGCAUUAUUUAUUGAAAAUGCCCCGCAGAAAAACCAGGAGAUGGCAUUUCCGAGACCCUAAAUUUCAAAAUUUUAUGGGGGAGCAUGCCCCCAGACCCCCCUAGAUGUAAGCGUCUUUGGGGCUUACGAAAAAUUUAUUCUCGUGCGUACAUCUUCAAAAACCCACGCUACGCCCCUGCACACUAGUGGUUUGUGCGGACUUUUGUUAAUAAUUUCUGUCUCUAUUGCAGACAUAAAAAUGUUAGCAAAUGCAACUGCCAUUUUUGUUCCCAUAGCUGUACCUUGUACUUGGAGGUAGUUUUUUCCAACAAAUUGGAAAGAAUUCUCCCUCAGGAUUAGUCUGAGCAUAUCUGCGAGGUAUUGGCUGGGUAUUGGAGGUUUGUUUUGAUAGAAUGUUUCGUAUGCUUUGCAUAUAAUGGUAAUUCCUUCCUCCUGUGGGAUGUUUCUGUAUAGGCUAGUUACAUCCAUAGAGACUAAAAUAGCAUUUUCUACGACCCUGGUUUUCUCUAUGAAGUUGAUAAAGUCUGUCGUAUCUUUAAGAUACGAUUUUUGCGAUUUAGCAAUUGGUUGGAGGAGACUAUCAACAAAUGAUGAGAUUCUUUCCGUCGGGCCAAUUCGCAGCCCGAUAUGAUCGAUCUUCCAACUGGUGUUGGUUUGUGAAUCUUUGUGAGAGUGUAGAAUUGUGGUAUUCGCGGUGGAUUUGGCGUGAGGGAAAGCCAUCGUCUUGUCAUCUCGUCCAUAUGUUUCUCCUUGUAAAGCUUAUCUAUCAAUUUCUUGACCCUUUUAGAGGUUUCUACUACCAUUGGUGUUUCUAAGGGUUUGUAGUUUUCUCUGUCGUCUAAUUGUAUUUGACCUUCUUUCAUUUUGUCUUCUUUGAGGAGAACAACAAUAGAAGAGCCUUUAUCUGCUCGUUUAAUGUUGAUGUCCGGGUUUUCUUUCAGUUGUUUGAUGGCAAGUUGUUCCCUCUUGGGUAGAUUGUUUCUAGGCGUGAUUGUAUUUAUAUUAGCAAGUUGUAAUUUAACCUCUUCUACGUAUGUUUCUAGUGCGACUGAUGGCUGAACUGGUGGCUCCCAGUCUGACUUUACAUGAAAGGGGUGUUGCUCUUUAUCUUUUCCAUGAAAGAUAUAUUGUAGACGCAUUCGUCUAGCGAAAGCGUUGAAAUCUUUUAAUAGUUCUGCUCUAACGUGACCUGUGUUUGUCACUGGUGUGGGGAUAAAUUUAAGACCCCUUGACAGAACAUUUAUCUGAUCGCGUGUCAUUUUGUAAUCUGAGAGGUUUUUGAUAUGUUUCUUUCUUGCUUCUGUUAUGUUGUUAUCUAAAUCACGCGCUAUUUUUGGCCUCCGUUCAUUGCGUUUUUUGGUUGAUAAUGACCGCUUUUUCUUUCCUCUUUCCCUUUUUAGAUAAUCUAUAUUCUCAGAAAACACUCUGGGAUAAGAUUCACUUUGUUUAUUCUCUUUAGCAUUUUGUAAGACAUACUUUAUUUUGUUGAGUUCGUCUAUUUUCUUCUGGAUAUUCUCUAGUUUCUGUUCGUGACUGCAUUCUGGAGUAUUAGAUGGUACCUUACCUGACAUGUCUUUCCUCUUUUCUUUGCGUGAUUCCUGCUCUACUUUUACAAGUUUAGAUUUGCUUCUUUCGACUCUACGGUCGUGAAACUUAACGAGUGCGCCUAAAACGUUUCGUUCUGCGUCUUUUCUAAUCCAGCUUAUGUCUCGUUUGAAUUCUUCGUCCGGGGCAAUGUUUGCCCUUGCGUUGUAACGCAAAGUUUUUGGACAUGUAUUGUUCUCAAUAUGUUUCUUCAGUUUAGCGAUGGAUUCUUUGGACUUUUGUAUCUUGUCCUUAAUGGUGUUUUCAAGCUCUUCUGUAGUAAGGCGCUGCUUUUUAAAAGGUAUGUGUUCUUUCUGUUCACGAGAGUCAUCAUGAUGACGUUUCUGUGGACCCGUUUUGCGCGGUUUUUGGACUUGGCGCCAUUUUCUCUGAUCGUUGGUGUUUGGUUUUUUCACGUUUAGUCUUUUGGCCUCUGUGGGGCCGCCGUUUCUUCUCUCAGUAUUGUUAGUCUUUCUGUUUCUUUGCAAUGGCUCAUCCCCAUUUUCUUUAAGGUUUGUGUUUUUGCGCCUUUCUGUUGUCAAUUGUCCACACGGUAUGUCUUCGUCAUCCGAAGCUAAAAGGCUAUCUUCUGCAGGAUUGUUGGCUAUAUCAGCGAGUAUUGAAGGGCUUGUUGUAAGAAGUCCUUCUUCGAUUACUAGUGUAACACGUUCCACUAGAAUUACGGCGAACAAAGCUUCGUUAAUAGAUAACAUUUUCACGAAGGAUCCACUUCGUCCCUCAAUAAGUGGCCUUUUUCUCAAUGAAAUAUCUGACCAUUUACCGACAUUUUCACUUAUUUUGUAUAAUAAUAGUACUAGUGAUAAGGAUAAAUACGUAUUUUUUCGUGAAAAAAAUGCGCUUAAUCUAAGUGCAUUUAAAGAUGAGUUAGGUAAGAUAAACUGGGCUGAAAUGCCUGGUUUUAAUGAUCCUUCUUGCGCUUAUGAACUCUUUGUCGGAAAGUAUACUACAAUUUACGAUAAAUGUUUUCCACUCAGAAAAAUGAAAGUGAAACGGUUCAAUCUUCGUAAGCCUUGGUUUACUAAAGGUCUUGCUAAAUCCAUAAGGAAGAAAAAUAAGUUAUAUCAGUCUUUCCUUAAUAACCCUAACUCUUCCAAUGAAAAUGCAUAUAAGUCGUACAAAAACAAACUUACUCAUUCUCUUCGAGUUGCUAAGCUUUUAUAUUAUGAAAAACAAAUUGAAAAACUAAAAUCAAAUGUUCAGGCCACUUGGAAAGUUCUAAAUGAAAUCCUUCGUUAUGCAUUUCUGCACUUACUACAAAGAUACAAUGAUUUCCUGAUCAUGAGAGUAUUGUUGAUACCGAAAUAUAACAUUUUUCCUUUGUAGUUUUGUCACUGUCGUCUAGAUAUUUUGACUUUGUACUGAAACUAUCAAAAGGAAAUUCUGGUUAUUUUAUUUUAUUUUUUACAGACGUAUUUUAAUCAACUGCAAUAUCAGACGAAAAAACUGGAAGGAAACACGGCAGACCUUUCUGUGAACCUCAGAAACAAGUUCCAAACAAGAUUUGCAGUCACAAAACGACUUAAAGAUAAAGUUGAAGCUUUAUAA